AUGUCUAAAAUCUGGGGUGAUAUUGUCAACAUUGUUGCCUCUAGGCCAGAGCUCCUUCACUUCUUUAGGAGCAAUGCAGUUGUUUCCAUUGGUGAUGGGCAGAUAGCUAGUUUUUGGACUGAUAGCUGGUCAGGAGGGUUUUGCCUCAGAGAUGAGUUUCCAAGACUCUACUCGCUAUCAAAUGGCAAAGAUGGGUCUGUGUCUCUGUACCAUUCCAAUAGAGAUGCUUCUAGGAAUUGGGUUUUUAAUUUUAGGAGACCCCUCUUUGCUUGGGAAGAAGGUGAGCUGAGGAGACUGUCAAUCCACCUCAGCAGCUUCCCUCUGCUCAUAGCCAAUGUUCCGGACUGUUUGAAAUGGAAUGCUACUCCAUCUGGUGUUUUCAGUGUUUCUUCUGCCUAUCACUGGUUUGAACUAGGUUUUGGUUCUUCUUGCAUGGUCUCAAGUUCACUGUGGAAGAAUGCUGCACCACCAAGAGUUCAAUUUUUCGGUUGGUUGGCUUGGAGGGGUAGAAUUAAGACUGCUAGUUUCUUGAGAAGAAUUGGUAUGCUUAAUGGCAAUGUGGACGUUUGUUGUAUUUUUUGUAAAGAGAUGGAGGAAACUUCUAUUCAUGUAUUACUCCAUUGUCCUUUUGUUUGGUGGAUUUGGUCUUACUUUGUUAAUUGGUGGGGGCUGCAAUGGGUUCUACCAGGUUCAGUUCAGGACCUGCUGGAUUGGUGGGCUGGGUGUAGGCAUACUAAGAUGGUAAAGAAGAUUUGGAGUGUAGUCCCUUUGGCUAUUUUAUGGUCAAUCUGGAAACAAAGGAAUGAUUGUGUGUUCAAUGGGGUGCAACGCUCUCUUGAUGCUUUAUGUGAAAACAUUAAGGUUAUAAUUGCAGUGUGGGUCAAGUCAGCUUUUACCUUGGAUUACUUUGUCUAUGACCUGAUCCGCGAUCUCAAUCAGGUGAAAAUCAUGCCUCAGUUUGAAUAUGAUGGUUCUGGAGAGCCUAUUGGUUGUACAUUGGAUGUGAUUAUCAAGACUACAUAA